AUGCCUUCAUCCUCCAUGUCGCAGCCGCCUGCACCUGCGCCUGCUUCUUCUUCUUCUGCCAGCUCCGGCGUCUCGCUGGCUGGCCGUCUUAGGGGCCGUCUGCUGGCACUCUCGCUGCCGGACGUCUUCGUCACGAGCCAGUCACGGGACGCUGCUAAAGACUCAUCACGUGACACGUCCGGGCCCCAGUCACGUGUGCCCCGUCGGGCCUCUGAGCCUCGCCGCUCCAAGUCCAAGGCUAGACGGGACCAACCUUCUAUGUCAGCCUUUGCCUCGGCCUCUUCAGUGUCUGUUGCUUCUGGCCUUGUCUCAUCCGCGUCCAAAGCCGCUGCACGUGACCCGCCCACGCCAGCCUCCACACCACGUGAGUCGCCCACGCCCACGCCCUCGCCCUCACGUGGCCGUGUCGUUUCGCUUCCGCCGUCCUCGCCGCCACGUGACGCCUCUCUUACUUCACUACCGUUUCCGCCCUUCUCUAGUCCGGGCCCAUUUACACCAUAUUACUCUGGCUCUGGCUCUGGCUCUGGCUCUGGCGCUGGCUCUGGCUCCGCCUCUGCCUCGGCUUCGGCCUCCGCCCCUACCCCCACGCUCCACCCCACACUCCCCCCCACGCCAUCCCCACAGCAGUGCACCCUCUGCGACGUCGAUGGGGCUGCAGUGCGGCUACAGUGUGCACACUUCUGCCACCUCGAGUGUCUCUUGGGCUCGUUCCCACGUGGACCGUCCGCCAUGGCGCUACCAUCCCCGCUGGCUAUUCCUCGCUCUUUUGCCCUACCUGCUUGCUUGCAAUGUCAGUUGGCCCACCCGGACAAAGUCCAGAGAGGCAGGGUUUUCCGGACAGUCCCCACUUGUUCGUCGUUGCUUCGUCAAAUAGAGGCACGUGCAGGUGUUAAGCUGGUGGAACAGUCUGAGUUGGACACGCAGAUGCAGAUGGAGGCAGAGGCACAGCAAUUGCAACCACAAGAACAUUCCCAUGGUGGCUCUGCCCCAGCUUCACCCACAGAAGACCCGGCCACACUUCUAGCAUUUGCACGUGAGGAACAAUUGCUCAACGUCUACAAUUCGCGGCCACGUGACGCCGCAGCCGCCGAGUGUUCUGCGCGCACGUCACGUGCACACUCCCAUACGCACUCACGUGCUUGCAACCUCGAGGAUUCGCUGGCUCCGCGGAGCAGACGCGGCUCUGCCGUCCGUAAUGAUCUCCUGUCACAGAGACUUGAAUCGGCACGUCACAAAAAGAAAACAUGGCGCUGGCGCCAUCUAAUUAUACAACAACGACUGGCUCGCUACUUCUCACUCCAUCUUCUACCUCAUCGUCCUCUUCGUGCACCUCUGUGGCUGCACAGCUAUUGUUAUUGCCAGAUUUGCCCAUUAUCCAUGAACAACAAGCCCAGACAAGAGUAG